AUGGACAAGAUACUUCAAGAAAUUCAAGCAUCUAUGCAUCAAAAAGGUGCGCUCGGGACGUGGGACGGAGAGGUCACGGGGAAGACAGAGAGGGUGAAAGACUAUUUUAAUAAUAUUAAUGCUGUCACUAUAAAGCACUUCAACACUUCACUUAGCGAACUUAGCGGUUGUGGUCCCGGCGAAGUUGCCGACAAAUUGGGUAACUGUUUCAUCCAUGCAGAUGCUAUAUUAAAUGCGUUCAAGCUAGCUGAGUCAUACUAUAGUGACCUAGACCCUAAACUUGGAGAUAAGUUGAAGGAUUCAAUAUAUAAAAUACAUGUGCAGGUAGCGAAGUUCCAUGGAGCGGCGACUAAUACGGAGUUGCGCAACCUUUUGGACUGUAGUGCAAGGCAGUUGAAUGCGAUAAGUGAGUUCGUCGCAAAACGGGCUGCACAACGUUUGAGUGAACUCCAAGCGUAUUUGAGGGAUGAGAUUGGAGUUGUAGAAUCAAAUCUCGACGGAUUACGUUCGAACAAAUUUAAGGAAUUGCAAAAUGCUCUCUACCAGGACCUUCACAAGGCUUUCAAGGAGGUAGAGGGCGGGAUUACAAGUGUUAUAAGUAAGUAUGAUAAUAAGAUUUUCCAGCCGGUUGGAAUUAUCAAGAGCGCUUCGGAUAGUUUCAAAACGGAAAUCAAUGAGACUAGAAUUUCUCUUCAGGAAGCCAUCCAGGUAGUGGAGGGAGAGAUCAGGAAGCUGGAGAAUUUUAGAGAUCUGGAGAGUAUCGGAGCUAGCCUAAAAGGAACGGUACAGUUAUUAAGCGCUAUUAAUAGUGAUCCAUUUGAUCGUGUCAAAAAGUAUUUCACUUCACUUGAAACUGGUGUAAUGACGCCUUUGAAAAAGGCGAUGGAUAAAAUAGGUGAGUGUAUGAAUAAAGUAUUCCGUCCUGACGGGAUGUACGAUUUUCAGUGGGUUCUUUCAGAUGCUAAGAAUUCCAUCAAUGAACUAAAAACUGCAAUUGGUAGCCAGGGUAAAGUCCCUGAAAUUAGUGACAUCGAGACCCUUCAUGGCAUGAAGAUAGGAAGCGAGAAUCUCAAUUUGAGGGAGACGUUAUCAAAACACUCAAACGCUAUAAACGCUGUGAUACAGAAGCUUGAACUAUCGUCUGGAAAAUUAAUAACAAAAGCCGACAUCAUGUCUCUCCUGAUCGAUUUGGGAUCCAUCGCACAGGAGGUCUCCAAGCACUCCAAGGAAGUCGUCGAGAACGUCAUGGGAGCAAUUCAAGAAAAAGUAUCGCAGGAAGUUAGAGAUGUUGCCGGUACCAUAAAUGCUAGGGUCACGGAGUGUUCAAAUCUUGUCGGCACUAUAGGCGGUACUUUCCACAUUCGCAGUGGUGUGAAAAAGGUCACGGGCCUCGAAAAAUUGGUGGAGACGUUUAACAGAGCAAUUGAUGGUGAGCUCGAAAGGCUGAAAGAGCACCAUGUUGGCAAGUCGACUGACACCAAAAAAAAAGGCAGUAAAGAAUCUGUGUACGCCGAAUUAAACGAUCUAAAAAGUAAAAUUGAGGCCCUUGCCUGCAAAGCUGAUGACGUUAGGAAAUGUGUCCUGGCUGUCAGAACGGAACUGUUCUUGUGUAUUAGAGAUGCCUCGAAAUUACAUGAUGAAGCGCCUAAGCGAACUGCAAAUAUAAUUAAAGAAUUGACGACGGAAGUAAAUGCAAAAAUAGCAGCGUCCACUACGAAUAUUGAAAUGACGGCAAAAAAUGAGUAUCAUUCCAGAAUCUCUGAAGCGUUCUCAAAUUUAACAACGGUUGCGUUUUAUGGAACGGAAGAGAUCAGACAGAUAAUAAACAAAGACCUCAACACCGGCCUGAAAGGCUUCCUAAAGACCCUGAGCGGCGUGUGCAUAGACGCCAACGCUGCGGGAUUUGAUAAUAAAAAUGUGUUUGUUCAAAGUCAAAAUAAUAAUUACCUUACCGACCUUCAGAACUCUGGAACUCAAGGUCUACAUGGAGACAAAGUAGCAGACGUCUCCGCCAAAUCCCUCGCCUACCUAAAUCACAUCCACACUUACGUCUCCCAUGACCUCCCCAAACAUCUCCCCUCCUCCUCCCAAUACCCCUCCCAACUCUCCACCAUCCACUCCGCUGUGGACACCCUCCUCUCCCACCUGUCCACGCAAAAACACUUCGACCACAAGGUCCCCGGAAUGCUCGCGGAACUCAAGACGUCCGUCCAAGCACUCCACUCCACAAACUUCGGCAACCCCGCGUACCCCGUGCUCGACGCUUUCCCCAAGAGCCUGGUGCGCUUCGUCGAGCAGCUGGAGAGGGGGUACGUGAACAGGUAUGAGGGGGGUGAGGAUGCAGAAGAGUUUAAGAAAUUCGUGAAUGAUUAUCCUAAAAACGAUGAGUUGAUCUCUUAUGGUACGAAUUUGUCUAAGGUUUUGCUCACCUUAAUGGAGGGGCUGAGAAAAGAUGUGUUUGAUUUGCAAAAUGAAUGCAAGCCUGAUGGUAAGAAUAAAUGGCGUGAAAAGAGUAUUUAUUUGUAUGAAAAUGGCCAAAAAAAAAGAAACCCACUUGGCGACUGGUUGAAGAGGCGCGGCUUUCAGGUGCCAUCCAAGAUGGACAAGCAGGACGGUGAGCUGCAGAACACGAAGGAAAUGAACGGUGAGCAGAUUCAUACUAUGCAUCUCACCAAUAAAUACAUCGACGUCACAAAAAUUCCAAUCCUGAAAAUAUGGAAGCAAGAAAAGGACAAGAAAAAUAAUAUUCCUUCUACCGCAACCAAUGGAGAUGUCCAAAUUCCCCUCACCGACUUUGUUGACUUUCUUCGCGAAAUUUUCCGAAAGUACUACCAAGUACGCCAACAUGAGCAUAUUCCAUCUCCCAAAUCACCGUCCAACGUAUUCCAGAUGCUCUGCUGGCUCUCUGGGCUUCGGUUUAAUCCGAUGUUUGCCAAACUCGGUGAGCACUUUAAGGAACUGUUCGAUAAACCCGAAGGUAAAAAGGAUUUGCCAUAUUCUGAAAUUAAUGAAGAUGAACUCAGCUUACCUGCUACCUCACUAAUUAACCCUAAGGUACUACAAGAUAAACUCGAACAGGUUUGUUUACACUCGCAACUUGUAUCAGUCGCCAUCCUCGGCAAUGGUCACGCCGACGGCCGGUACGCUUGUGACUUCCGCACAAACCCAGAUAAAUUAUUAUACCCCUCUAACCCAUCUGCUUGCUUCGACAUGUUAGCCGAUGUAUUAAAUAGAGUAUUUUAUCAGUUGCGUUUCCUAUAUAGCCAGUGUUCCAACAGCCGUAGUAGGGGUGGUUGGGAAGAAUGCUCCUACGGCAGAUAUGUGGGUGGUUCAUCAUGGGACUGUAAUGAUAAGCAGUGUGCCAACCUAGAGUGUCCUCAUAUUGCCAACCUAACAGCUACGCGAAAGGCUACCCGAACAGCUACCCGAAACACUAACCUAAACUGUGACCAACAUCCCAACUGCGGUGUCAAAUCAUCUCUCCAAUCCUUCUUGGAAGAUGGGUUGCAGGGCUUCCUGCCACACUCCUUUACCACACCUGGUUGCAAGCUGACAUGUACACUCAGCAAUCAUACAGGGAUACCGUGUCUCACUCCCAUGGGCUUCACAGAAAUAGGCAUUGCAGCGUCGCACACGAAGAAAGGUGCGCAUCUCAAAGAUGCCCUUUUCCAUCUCUGCGGUUCAGAUUGUCACCUCGAUAAGCUGUGUUCUUACCUCAAAUGCCUGCUUCGCGUAGCACCGCAGACGCUUGGUGACAUGUUAGCGUUCUACUAUCAGUUCCUUAAGCACUUCGGUGCAAGUGAUCAUAAGCAAAAGGCAUUUGAAGAAGCUGUCCAAAAAGCCAAUUUCAAAAACCCAGAAACCAAUCUGGACGUUACUCCUAUGUUCGGCAGCAGUGCGCACUCUGAGAAACAUUACAAAGGUGACCUCUUCAGCCUUACAGAUUGUAAUCAUAAGAUUAAUCCCGGCCUACCAUGCGGUAAAUACUUGCAUCCCAUUACAUUGAAUAUCCGUUCCAUAUUCUCCGAAAAGCGCGCUGAUAACUAUCUUUCAUGGGUUACAUACAUUACAGAGACGUUCGUUGCGUUGCUCCAAAAAUUGUAUGAGUCCUGCAAAAAGUGCGAGACUCCUGGAACCCGAUGCUGCGAUAAAAGCUGCGCUGAGAAAUGUCAAGUAAAAUAUACUAAUGAAAAGGGCGAUGCCAUUACUCCCACUGCUGGAACCAAACAUAAUGAGAAAUGUAAAUCCAUUGUAAAGUGCCCGGACACACAUCCAACGCUAUACAAAUAUGGUUUCACGUUCACCAGCCCAUCCGGACUAAGUGGAGAAGAAAAGGAAGCGAAAUACAAAAGAACGUGCAAGGAUUUCUGCCACGCAUUGAAAAAAAGUCUUGAGGAAGAAUCUGUACUAAUUAAACUGAUCAAGGAUAUCGACGAUUUUAUAUGGAUGAUUAGACAGAAAUUCUCCUACCUGUUGUUAGCCCUCUGGUCGCUCUCGCUCCUGUACCUGCUGCACAUCACCGUCGUCCGCAUAGACGUCCUGAGGAUCCGCUCCCACCUGAGAUCACCCUCAAGCCACCGCAUCGCCGCACAGUCGCUCCUCGCCGCCGCACGCGUCAAGGCACUCGCCAACGUCAAGUACUUCUCACCGUAA